CCAGCACACGGCAUGCUCCACAAUGAGGCGUCCGCGCAGCGCCAGCAUGCCUGUUGGAGCCUGCUAAGAGCUAGCUGGCAGGGUGCUUCAUCCAUCGUCCAAAGAGCGGAGACUCCAGAGCCACGGAAUGUCAGGACCUUAGACCCUUCGCGCCUGCCCGUGUAAGACUGCGUCUCCUCCUCUUGUGCGACCUCGUCUUCACGCGCCCUCCAUAUCAACGCUGCGCUCGCUGCAGCUGUCAUCGACUUCUAAAGCACUCAUGCCCGCCAUGGCAGGCGACUGGCCUCGCGAUCCCCGCGCCUACGGAUCGUCGCAGCACACCGAGUCUUCCGCUCCCGCGCGAACGCUUCCCAGCGUCGCUGAGCUGCUCUCGUCACGGCCCUCUGCAAACAACAUCAAUCCUGCGUACCACCGCCAGGACUACUCUCCUGCGCACUCUGCCCCACCUGCUGUCUCCCUCGCACCCACUAUUACCGCCAAUACGACAGCCUCGUCGUACUGGAGUGCCGUGAACCAUCGCCAGACAAGCCCUCCGGUCAGCCCCACAGAACCACGGCCACCAUCAACGGCAGCUGUGGCAAGAGACAGUGCAACUAGGGUCUAUCAGGAGCCUACCUUUCGUCGUCAACAGCUGUGUAAACCAGACCCAGCGCUUCAGCAUUCGGCGCUGUCGUCUGGCGUGCAAAACGCCUCUCAUUCGACAGGGCAAGUGCGCCAAGACUCAGCCAUUGACCAGCACCGCUUCGAGGCGGGCAACGACGCCCAAUUAUCCAAACCUAACGUUUCUUAUUCUCACCAGAGCCCAAAGGAAGGCCAACGUUUGCCGAGUCCGACUCUCACUUCCUACCAGUCUGCCUCAUCCACUCCGGCUUAUGCACCCGUUCCUGCCCCGCACCAGGUCGAAAUUUAUCCAAGCCAAACAAGACCGCAGCUCCCCUCUCGCCAGCAUUCCAAAUCUGUGUCUUCGACCGCUCCUUAUUUAGCAGCAUUACCAAGAUCACAUGAGCACAGUACAGAGCGCAGUAUUCCUCUCGACAUUAAGAACGUUGCUGAAUCACGACCCAACAUCGCUGGACCGUCUUCUUUACCAGAACAGUUCUUUACUCAGCAAAACAACUUUGGAACUCGUCAGCAACGCUACAACGUGAGAUUUGCUGCCAACUACACCUCCGAAAAUAUGUCGCCUUCGCAAAAACCUCGUAAUGAACCACCUACGCCACCGACUGUACCAACAGUUGCCGCGGAACCUGAGCAGCCGAGGAGUUCUCCUACGCCCGCUUCCACUACUGAUGAGUCGCUUGCAUCACUAGCGAACGGAAGCACUCGUCAUGUCGACCCCCACCCGCGAGCUAACAGAGAAACAAGGGAAACGAGAGAUCGGUCUGAUCGUGAGCCCUCUGUAGAGCGCUGUGUGGGUUGCAACGAAGCUUGGAGACGACCAAUCCCUGAUAUGGACCAAGGCCCUAUUGCUCCUGCAGAGAACAAUGCCGACUACAUGAGACUUGCGAGCAGCAUGAUCGAUAGGCUGCGGGAUCAAAGAAAGAAGGCCGAUGCUGCGUACGAAGAGUGGAAAUGGCGCCACAGUCAUUGUUACCGACCAAUGAGCCCACACUCCACUGGAUCCGUGGACGACGCAGUCAGGCGGCCAGAUGCAGCCUCACAACUCGAUGGCUCAACGAAUGGCAAUGCAGCCAACAAACGCAAGUCCGAUGCUCCACAUGAGUUGCCCCCCGCAUCGAAGCAGCGAAGAGUGACAAGCACGAGCCCGGCACCACUGGCCCGAAAGCCCGAUGAGUCCUGAGCGUUCACAUUCGAGCGAAUUAUUCCUUUCCAUUUGACUCACGACUUUGCAUUUGCAUAUUGGCUUGGUGUUGGUGUUGGUGUUGGUAAAAGAAGGACAUCCGUUAUACCCACUGCUUUUUUUUUUUGAUUUCAGGAUCGUCAUUGGACGUGCAUCAAUUCAUCUUGCUUGUUAGGAGACGAAAGCAUGGGAUGGCGCCAUGGUUUGAUGUCUAUGCGUAGUUCUACG